CCAUUCUCCCACCAUCCUCCUACUCCCCACACCCCUUUCCUCAUCCUCCCCCACCGAUCCGGCUCGGAAUUGAUCCAUUUGCAAUGAUGUCGGCUACUGUGGUUCUUGGUAGAGCAUCGUUGCGCAGUGUUUCUGUUUGCUUGAGGGGCGGUGGUAUUAAGAGUGCUGGAUUAUUGAGACUUCGAAGCCAACCCCAAUCGCUCUCCUCACUGCUUUCCAGAUACUAUGCGUCAAAAACAUACCCCCCUCAUACUGUUGUUACCAUGCCCGCUCUGUCCCCUACCAUGACUUCGGGGAAUAUUGGCUCAUGGCAGAUGAGCGUUGGUGAUACCAUUGCUCCUGGUGAUUCCUUGGUUGAGAUCGAGACGGAUAAGGCUCAGAUGGACUUCGAAUACCAGGAGGAUGGCGUCCUGGCUAAGAUCCUGAAGCCCAGUGGGUCUACAGACGUUGCCGUUGGAAAUCCGAUUGCUGUCAUCGUUGAAGACGGGACAGAUAUAUCUGCCUUUGGAGACUUUACCGUUGAAAGUGCUGAAGGAGGGGCCGGGGCUCCCCCGCCGCCCGAGGGGGAAUCUCUGGAUUCUCCCGAACUCCCCAAGUCUGAGGAGCCAGCUUCUAGCGGGGGCAGACUAGAAACUGUUUUGGAGCGUGAUGGAAGAAUCAUUGCUUCCCCUCUCGCCAAGAAGAUUGCAUUGGAGAAGGGAAUCGCGUUGAAAGGCAUUAAGGGGACUGGAGAAGGCGGUCGCAUUACCAAAUAUGAUGUCGAGAAUUACGAAUCGACUGGAAUUUCCUCUGCGUCCGGCAUGCCUGCUGUUGUAAGCACUGAUAUUCCGUUGACAUCUAUGCGCAAGACAAUUGCAUCUCGUCUCCAGGCUUCGAAGAACACCAACCCUCACUACUACGUCUCAGCUUCUCUCUCUGUGAGCAAGCUUCUCAAACUCCGCCAGGCUCUCAACACCUCUGCCAAGGGAGAAUACAAGCUUUCUGUUAAUGACUUCCUAAUUAAGGCUGUUGCCAAUGCAUUGCUCAAGGUUCCCACUGUCAACUCUUCUUAUCGUGAGGAUGAGGGUGUCAUUCGCCAAUUCUCCACCGCCGACAUUUCUGUUGCUGUUGCUACCCCGGUUGGCCUGAUGACUCCCAUUGUCAAGAAUGCCGACGCCAGAGGUUUGGUUUCGAUCUCUAACGAGGUCAAGUCCCUUUCUGGAAGAGCUAGAGAUGGAAAGCUUAAGCCCGAGGAGUACCAAGGGGGUACUUUUACCAUCUCAAACAUGGGAAUGAAUCCCGCUGUUGAAAGGUUCACUGCCAUCAUCAACCCCCCACAGGCUGGAAUCUUGGCUGUCGGAACUAUUAAGAAGGUUGCCGUUGAGGGCAAAGACGGAGGUGUUGAAUGGGACGAGCAGAUUGUUGUUACUGGAUCCUUCGAUCACAGGGUUGUAGAUGGUGCCGUUGGUGGGGAAUUCCUUAGAGAACUCAAGAAGCUCAUUGAGAGCCCCCUAGAAAUGCUCCUAUAGGAGUUCUCUUUGCCCAAUUCUCAUUUCCCUUUCCUUCACCCCGUCAAGUAGGUUAAUCUCAUGAAUUGGUGUCACGAGUUUUGCAUAGACGAAGUAAACUAGUAACGAUAACCAAACGCAUCCGAAUGCUGUCAAUGGUGGGAGCGUGUUUCCUCGGUAUGGCUGUAUAAUCCAUCACUAUUUCCCUUCUUUUUUCUCUUCAGAUUUCCUUGCUUUUUUCCCCCCCUUUUUCGCAUUUCCUUGUACCGGUAUUUCAUUUCGCGCUCCGUUUAUGAUGCGAUAUGUUUGCAGCAAGGACAGCGUGAUGGUACCUUUUUUCCUUCUAUCAUAUGCAUCCAACGAGAACACACUUGCUCUGCCUUUUUCGUCGCAUCAAAUGCUAGUGGUUAAAACGUUCCAGCGAAUUGAUAUUAUCAUAGGGAUUUUUUUUUUUUUUUAGAAAAAAAAAAGGUGACAUUGACACGGGGAGGGUGAUGUGUCCUUUACUGUGUUUUAAGUUCGAGAAUCGGAAUGGUCUUUUUUAACGUACUUGUACUUACUCGAGUAUAAUGGUAUCGUAUAUCGUAGCCUUAC